AUGACAUCCAUGUUGAAAUCGGUAGCUUUGUUGUUGCUGGGCGUUCUCGCCGUAAACGCGGCUUACUACGGCCGUCGCAUCAGCAAAAAAGGAUCGAUCGGAAAAUUCGGAGGCGGUUUCGGGGGCGGAUAUGGUAGUUAUGGAGGGGGAUUUAGCUCUGGAAUCGGAGGCUUUUCUUCCGGCGGAUACGGUGGCAAGGGUGGCUUUGGUGGAGGUUAUAGCGGUAUGAGCGGAGGAUAUGGAGGUAUCAGUGGAGGAUAUGGUGGUAUCAGCGGAGGCUAUGGCGGUAUCAGCGGAGGCUAUGGUGGUAUCAGCAGUGGAUACGGCAGCGGAGGCUUCUCUUCCGGCGGAUACGGCGGCAAGGGUGGCUUUGGUGGAGGCUAUGGUGGUAUCAGCGGAGGAUAUGGCAGUAUCGGUGGAGGAUAUGGCGGCAGCCGCAGCUAUGGAAAGAGUUACGGUGGCAGCAUCGGAGGUCACAGCAUCGGCGGUUCCUUCGGCAAGAGUUACGGAUCCGGUAUCGGAGGUUACUCCUCAGGCGGUUACGGAUCAGGAAUCGGAGGUUACUCAUCAGGUGGUUACGGAUCCGGUUUCGGAGGUUACUCCUCAGGCGGUUACGGAUCCGGUAUCGGAGGUUACUCCUCAGGCGGUUACGGAGGUUCAUCCUCAGGAGGCUAUGGAGGUUACUCCUCAGGUGGUUACGGAGGAAGAUAUGGCUCUGGCAUCGGAGGCUUCUCCUCCGGCGGAUUCGGUGGCAAGGGUGGCUUUGGCGGCGGAUAUGGCGGUCAGAGCUACGGAGGCGGCUAUGGUGGUAGCAUCAUUGGAGGCGGUAUUGGAGGCGGUAUUGGCGGUGGCUAUGGGCGCAGCAUAAAGUCCAUUGGAUAUUAA